CGGCCACAACAACAAACAAGCACACCACUGCCACCCACCCAAACGUGGGCUCUUGACCAGCUGGGCUUGUUGUGAUUGUUGAGCGUUGCAGGUUGAACAACCAACCACAAGCAACCACACACACUGCAAGCAAGCUAGCAAGGGAGGGGACAUGUCGAGUGUGGUGCGGCGCCAUGGUCGCCACUUGCGUGACAUCCACAGCGAGGCGGACAACGUUGGUGUGCAGGACUUUGUGCUGUUGGAGGACUUCCAGAGCGAGGACGCCUUCAUUGAGAACCUGAGAGUGCGCUUCCAGAAGGACCUCAUCUACACGUACAUCUCAAACGUCGUCGUCAGCGUCAACCCGUACCAUCAACUGCCCAUCUACACCCCCGACUACAUCAGCAUCUAUCAGAACGUCAACCUCUACGAGUUGCCGCCCCAUGUGUUUGCGCUGGCUGAUCAGGCAUACCGGUCCAUGCGCGAUGAGCUCCUUGACCAGUGCAUCCUCAUCUCAGGAGAGUCUGGCGCCGGCAAAACAGAGGCGUCGAAGAAGAUUUUGCAGUUCCUGGCACAGACGUCUGUCAACACGGGCAAGGCCGGCAACAUCCGCGACCGCCUUCUCCAAUCCAACCCGAUUCUGGAAGCGUUUGGCAACGCCACCACCAUCCGCAACGACAACUCCUCUCGCUUUGGCAAAUACAUGGAGGUCCAGUUCGACUUCAAGGGAGAGCCGCUUGGCGGGAAAAUCCUCAACUAUCUCCUUGAAAAGUGCCGCGUUGUGUACCAGAUGCCUGGCGAGCGCAACUUCCACGUGUUCUACAUGCUCAUCAACUGCGGCGACGCGAGCCUCCUUCGUCACCUCGACCUCGAAGGCGCAACAGCACAGGACUUCCAUUACACGCAGCAGGGGGAUGCGUGCAACGUCAACGGUGUGAGCGACGCAGACGCAUAUCGCGAGAUGGCCGACGCCUUCAAGCGCCUCGGCUUUGCUGCAGAGGAGACAAAGGAGCUGUUCAGCGUGGUUGCGGCCAUCCUGCAUAUUGGACAGCUGCAGUUUGAUGCAAUCACCAACGACGAGUGCGUCAUCGCCACCCCGCAACUUCUGCCGCGCAUUUCAAAACUCCUCGGCGUCUCCCAGAGCGCGCUCAACGAAUGCUUCACACACAAGACGGUGGUUGCGCGCGGGCAGUCGAUCCAGGGAUAUCUCUCCAAGGAGCAGGCGUACUACGGCCGCGUCCUUCGUAUGGGAGCAAGUUUUGCCUUCAACUCCUCCAACGAGAAGCUGCAGCAGCUGUUCAUUGAGCUGACGCUCAAGUCUGAGCAGGAUGAGUACCGGCAGGAAGGCAUUAAGUGGGAGACGAUUGAGUACUUCAACAACAAGAUCAUCUGCGACAUGGUUGAGAUGAAGCACAAGGGCAUCAUCGCCAUCCUGAACGAGGAGUGCAUCCGUCCUGGAAAUGUUUCGGACGACACGUUCCUCGAACGCCUCAACCAAUCGCUCGGCCGGCAUCCGCACUACCUGUCGCACGCGACCAUCACUCACCAGCAGCGCAAGUCGCUUGCCCUCGGCCGCCGCGAUUUCCAGAUCAAGCACUAUGCAGGCGACGUGAACUAUUCGAUUGACGGCUUCAUUGACAAGAACAACGACCAGCUCUUCAGAGACCUCAAGGAAGCCAUGUCGCAAUCAAGCACGCACCUCCUGCAAGAUUGCUUCCCGCACGCCGAGCUUGAGAGCCGACGCCGGCCUCCAACGGCUGGAUCGCAGUUCAAGACGUCGCUCAAUGCGCUCAUCGACAUUCUCAUGGCGAAGACGCCCUCGUACGUGCGCUGCAUCAAGCCAAACCACGACAAACGCGCAGGCGUGUUUAACGCUGACGUCGUCAGGCACCAGGUGAAAUAUCUCGGGCUGAUGGAGAACCUUCGUGUCCGUCGCGCCGGCUUUGCCUACCGCCGCCCUUUUGACCUCUUCCUCCAGCGCUACAAAUCGCUGUGUCCAGAAACAUGGCCCCAUUACCCAGGCUCCGCCGCAGAGGGUGUGCAGCGCCUCAUGGACCACAUGGGAUUCACGCAGGACGAAUACCAGAUGGGCAAGACAAAGAUCUUCAUCAGGAACCCCAAGACGCUGUUUGCGAUUGAGCGGCAGUUUGAGGAGAAGCGGCACUGGAUUGCCACCCGCAUCCAGACGCGUUUCCGCGGAUACGCGAAGCGCAAGUUCUUCCUGGAGCUGAAGGUUGCCACCAUCACGCUGGCAAAGCACUGGCGGCGCCGCGCAGCGCAGAAGAAACUCGGCCAGCUCAAGCUCGCCUACAUCACCCUCAGGCUGUGCUUCAUCAAGGGAUACAACAACAGGAACAAGCCCCGAUGCAACGAGAAUGCGCAGUUCUUGGACUUUGUUCGCUACCGCUGGCUCAUGGAGUUGCGGGAAUCACUGCCAAAGACGGUGCUUGACCCGACAUGGAUCAAGAGAACGCCUCCGUACCUGCAGGAAACCUCGAAGCUGUUGCAUCGAAUGGUGAAGAGGCAGUUGUGCCGCCGACACAGGGAUGCCGUCACACGGAACCCAGCCAGGCACAGGGCACUCGUGCUCAAGCUUCUCGCAAAUGAGAUGUUCAACACGAAGAAGCUGCUGUACCCCAUGUCUGUUGCAGAGCCGUUUGCCACAGACCGCAUGCAGCCGUCCCCGUUUGCGCAGCACCCGAAGCACAGCACCGCUGCCAGAAUCCUCCAGCGACACGCACCGAACGACCAAGUGCGGUACAGCAUCAACGUCGGCAAGUUUGACCGCAGAUCGUUCAAGACGCGCGAGUAUGUGCUCGUCGUCACCACCAGCAGCGUCUUCAUCCUCUACCCGGAAUCUCUCAAGCUCAAUGUCCAGCUCAACUUUGCACACAUCCUCGGCAUCAGCGUGAGCAACAAGUAUGACGGCGUCUUUGUGCUCCACACUGCACCUGACACCCCCCACAACAAGGGUGAUUGGAUCUUCCACACUCCUUAUGUAAUCGAGGCUGUUACACAGAUUGCAUACGUUGCAAACAAGGCGAAGGACGUGAAGGUGCAAGGGAUGAUCGCCUUUGAGCGCAGGAAUCACAGCCGCGGCGAAAUUGUGUUUGCGGUGGACGAGACGGCAUCGGGUUUCAGGCGGAACAAGCAGCGGCAGCUGGAGGUGUGUGCGCCUGCGAAACCGGUGCCGGAGCACUACCGCCGCUUCCGGGCGUUUGUCGAUGCGCAAUCGCGCGGCAACAGCGACGUCGUGCCGCCGUCUGUAGAGGACGCUCGCAAACGACACAGGAAGAAGGAGCAGCAACAGCAGCAGUCACGAACGCGCGGACAACACAAGGAUCAGCAGCACCAGCAGUGGCUUCAUCAACAACGAGAGCUGUCACGCGUCCGCUUGCAAUCGCAGCCAACGGUGCAAGUUGACAUGGGGUCGCACGUGUACGGCGAGAUUUCGGAGCCAGUUGCCGCGCACGACAGCCACCUCUACGGCGAAAUCCAAGACCCGGUCGGCCCAGGUCAGCGCCAACGCCAACAGCAACAGCAGCAACAGACGAAACGGUUGUCGCUGGGCCCCUCGUCGUCCAACCCCUUUGGCGAGCCUGUUGGUCAGUUCCAACAACAGCAACAGCAGCGACAAGGCGCUGGGCUGAGGCUCACGUUCACGCCACAUCACGUGUACGGUGAGAUUGCCGAACCGACAACGGCAUCGGGCACUGCUGCCACGUCGUCAUCAACAGACCACAUUUACGGUGACGCAGACUUUGGCGGCGUACAAGCAGCGUCACCGCAGUCUGUGUACAGCCAAGUCGAUCAGCCGCAGCAGGACGUGUACGACACCGUGCAGGCCGUCGUCACACCGGCACAGCGCAACGCAUACGCUGUCAUAUGCUCUUGA